AGCAUUAAUCACAAUUUAUGAUACCCAUUUCUGCAACUGGGUCUCUGUAUCCUGAGCCGAUGAUCGGGCGGCCACAAUUUCUCGAGUUCCAUACUCAUGCUCAGAUGGGUUUGCUCUAAGAAAGUUGUUCUUUUGAAAGAAAAGGUUCUCUGUUUCAGAUGAGAAUGAGGUUCAAUGUUUGGGAGGGAACUGUUUCAAACGGUCCUCAGCUUCAACACUGCAGCAAUUCAAAUCUGCCAAUAAAGGUACAUAAAGAAAGGGUUUUACCGUUGCUUUUGCCACAACCGUUGCCCUUAAAUUUUCAAAUUUCAGUUUGCUCUGCCUUAUUCUGAGACUUUGCUGCAAAUGCAGGGAAUUGUUUAAGGCCUGCAGGAAAUAUAUAGCUACCUAUGAGAGAGACUUUUCUUUAGGAGGAAAAAGAAAAGCACUGCUUUCUUUCUUUCCCUUUUUUUUUUUUUUCUUUCACGGCAAAUUCUGAACAAUUCUAGGACCAAUUCCUGCAUCUGAAGGCUCUUGUCCCUUCGAAUCCCUCCAGUUUCAACUCGGGGUAUCCUGUGAACUUUAGAUCCCGCCAACAGAAGAAGUCGUUCUCUUCUAUGACAUUCUCAUGGUCUGCAGAUUUGACCAAUUAGGCCGCAAAUUGUAGAGCCCAGAUGGAUAAUCUGAGUACAGAUGAGAAUUACGAUGUGGGUUCUGAACCUUCACUUUGCUCCAUGGAUCGUAGAACUAACGGAUAUUCGACACUCAGCAGCACUACGCUCGGAUACAGCCGAACAAACUCUGAAACCUCGGCCUUUUCGUACCCCACGGAUGAUAACAGCUUCUGUGAUGAAUCUUCUCCUGUGUGCUGGUCAGUCUCCAAGUUGGUUAUCCAGAACCAGGCUGUUCUUGCAGGACUUGGAUUGAAGGAGCAAUAUGACAUUGUCAAUGAUAAACCCAAUGAUCACAACACGGAAGACUGCUUAGAAUUGGAAAUGAUGAAGGAAAGGUUUUCAAAGCUUCUGUUGGGAGAAGACAUGUCUGGAGGUGGAAAGGGCGUCUGCACAGCGGUUACAAUCUCGAAUGCCAUAACCAACCUUUAUGCUACUGUUUUUAGCCAAACUAAGAGGCUAGAACCGCUGACUCCUGAGAAGAAGUUGAUGUGGAAGAGAGAAAUGAACUGUCUUCUAUCCGUGUGUGAUUACAUAGCUGAAUUUUUUUCGGAAACACAAACUUUACCAGAAGGAACAGUAAUUGAGGUGAUGUCAAGCAGACAAAGAUCCGAUAUUCAUCUCAACCUCCCUGCUUUGCAGAAGCUUGAUGCAAUGCUCCUAGAAAUACUGGACAGCUUCCAGGAGGUAGAGUUCUGGUAUGCAAAAGAUGGGAAACUGCCUCCAAAUUCAAGCCGUGUUGGUUCAUUUAGAAGGGUUUUUCAGCGGAAAGAAGAAAAAUGGUGGUUGCCAGUUCCUUGUGUUCCUAUGGGCGGUCUCUCAGAGAAGGCGAGGAAACAUUUGCAACACAAACGUGACUCUGCUAAUCAAAUUUACAAAGCAACCAUGGCUAUCAACAGUAGCAUUCUUGCCGAGAUGGAAAUCCCAGAAUCAUACAUGUCAUCUCUUCCCAAGAGUGGAAGGGCAAGUCUUGGAGACACAAUAUACCGUCACAUGUGGACUGCAGUCAAAUUCUCCCCAGACAGCCUUCUUGACUCUCUCAAUAUAACAUCUGAACAUGAAGCACUUGAGCUUGCAGACCGGGUCGAAGCUUCAAUGCAUACAUGGAGACGUAAAGCUUGCACAAGCCAUUCAAAAUCAUCAUGGAACAUGGUGAAAGAUCUCAUAUCUGAUGCUGAUCGCAAUGACAAAAACCACUUUCUGGCACCAAGAGCAGAGGGUUUGUUGCUUUGCUUGAAGCAAAGGUACCCCGAGCUUUCACAAACCACCUUGGACACAUGCAAGAUACAGUACAAUCAGGUAAGGGCAAUGCAUCCAUGAUGUGGGGAAAGCAAUCCUUGAGAGCUACUCAAGAGUUUUGGAAGGUCUGGCGUUUAACAUUGUUGCUUGGAUUGAAGAUGUGCUAUUUGUGGAUAUAUCCAUGAAAGCGCAAGACGAGUAGGAACACAAAAUGAGUUCAACUCUAAAGUCGAUAUCCCAUUCGCAACUCUCAUGCAAAAAGUAAAAGAUGAUGAUCAAGAAAAUGGGAACAUUUGACAUGCAAGUGCUAGAAGUGUUGAGUGUGGCUACUAGUUAGGACACUUAAUGUCUCAUUUGCAGAUUUUGAGCAUCUGUACAUUGGCUUCUAUAGAAUAAGCCUGUGAAAUAUUUUCACAGUAAUGAAAAUGACUGCUAAUCAAAUGCGAAAAACACCUAAUUUUCCUUGGGCAACAAAUUAGAUGGUUGUUGGAAA